AUGGAGCUUACUGAACACGACGAGGGCAAAGCAAUUUAUAUUAGCAUUGCAACAAGUGAGAUGAACCCACAAAGAAUUAUUGAACUUCAAAAGAGAUACCAAACAACUCCAAAACCAUUGUACUUGAGAGGUGCUAGAUCUGCAUUGUUGGUUUACCCAUUCUAUGCUCUUUUUGCUGUAACAACUGCCGUUCCAUUGUACUACACCGGUAGAGCUAUCAUCGGUCUUAAAGAGAAGAAUUAA